AGCGAUAUUAAGGAAGAUUAGCGGACAGGGGGAGGGAGAACGCGACUGAGGGAGGGGGUGGUGCGCAGCGCAACAGUUCUUUCAACACGGAGUCCAUAAUUCAUCGUUAACAAAAGGAAGACGUUUGGGUUUAAUUUGGGGAUUGCAAUCGGUUGAGCUGCGAUGCGAUUGGCCAGUGUGCAAGCGCGGGCUCGUCGGGCGGCUGAGGAGAGAGAAGAGCCGCCCCCAGGCCCCGCCCCUCCCGCCACCCACCACUCUGAUCACCAGUUCAAGAACAUGAAGAGCAAGUUCUUCAACGAACUCACCCACAUGCCAAAUCAUAAACUCAAAAUGCCCAUGUGGGCAAUAGGAGCCAUAGUGGUGGUGGUGCUGGCUCUGGUGGCCUGUCUUUGUUUCUGUAUCUGGAAGAAGUGCAUCAACAAGGGCAAGAAGCCCAAGAAAGUACGCGAGAGGAAAGGAGGCCGAGGCAGAAGAAAGAAGGAGGGAGCCGGAGAAGGAGAGGAGGGCAAGGAAGGAGAGGGUAAGGAAGGAGAGGAGGAGGAAAAAGAGAAUUUCGGAAAACUGGAGUUCACCCUGGACUACAACUUCACUGACAACCAGCUGAUCGUGGGCAUCCUGCAGGCUGAAAACCUGGCAGCCAUGGACAUGGGCGGCACCUCAGACCCCUAUGUCAAGGUAUACAUGCUACCAGACAAGAAGAAGAAGUUUGAGACCAAAGUCCAGCGCAAGAACCUAUGCCCCGUGUUCAAUGAGACCUUCAUCUUCAAGAUCCCCUACCAGGAGCUGGGCGGUCAGACUCUGGUCCUGCAGGUCUUUGACUUUGAUCGCUUUGGUAAACACGACGUGAUUGGGCAGAUCUCCAUCCCCAUGAACAGUGUGGAUCUGGCUCAGCCACUCCACGAAUGGAGGGAUCUGGUUGGAGGAGAGAAAGAGGAGGUAGAGAAGCUAGGGGACAUCUGUAUCUCUCUGCGCUACGUCCCCACGGCCGGUAAAUUGACCAUCAACAUCAUGGAGGCCAAGCACCUGAAGGCGAUGGACUGUGGAGGCUUGUCAGAUCCCUUCGUUAAAGUGGUGCUGCAGCACCAAGGCAAGCGGCUGAAGAAGAAGAAGACGACGGUCAAACAGAACACUCUGAACCCCUACUUCAACGAAAGCUUCAGCUUCGAGAUCCCCUUUGGCCAAAUACAGAAAGUCCAAGUGUUGAUCACGGUGUACGAUUACGACAAGCUGGGCAGCAACGACGCCAUCGGGAAGGUUUGGAUCGGCUUCGGCGCCUCAGGGGUGGGCCUCCGCCAUUGGUCAGACAUGCUGGCCAAUCCAAGACGUCCCGUGGCCCAGUGGCACGCCCUGUGUCCUGAGGAGGAGGUGGAUGAGGCCCUGAAGAAACCCCUCCGCUAAACACACACACACGUACACUGAGCAUUCCUGUGCGCGUUCAAAGAAAACACCACAGGACCUGAAUAUUACACAACGGCGAAUAAGCUCAGUAGUGCUGAUCAUGACACAACGGCACUACUCAAAUAGAAACUUCCAAGAAAACCAACUUGAGCUACCACUCAAACACUACAAGCCACCUGUACAUCGAUGCAACGCUGGAUUGCCAUUUCGGAUCAUUUUGUGUACUCUUUCCUUACUUAUUAUUCUUUCGUAACUUUUUUUGGGUUUUGCGUAUUAACUCGUUGUGCUGUAUGAUGUUAAGUUAUUAUCGUGUGUACGAACGCGUGUGUCUGUGCGUGUUCGUGUUAAACCGUAGUACAUGAAAGCAUUCUCUGUUUUUUUUUUCCCGAAUGUAAUGUGAGUGGUUGUAAAAUAACGAAAUAAAUCAUUCCCAAAAUGACCAGAGGGAUAGUCCGA